AUGGACCCUAGAAAGCAAGGUGCUCUUAAUAGGAUUGAGAAUUCUGUCUAUAGAACAGCCUUCAAAUUACGAUCCAUGCAAACUCUUUGCCAAUUGGACUUGAUGGACAGCUCUGUGAUUCAGCAAGUUCUAUCGUGUGGACAGUUUGGGGAGAGCAUGGAGACCUCUCUUUCUGUGCAGCAGCUUUUUGGGGAGCUCCAGGAGCUGUUUCAGAGAACCGGGAUGGGCAAACCAGCACAAGUGCAUCCACAAGCUCCGGAGCUCACUCUGAGUCUUCUUGUGGCCAUGUAUGACAGCAAGGGAUCGGGUAGUCUCAGAAUUCAACCUGUGGCUGCAGCGCUGGUUGCCCUCUCAGGGGACAGUCCUCUUACAAAGUACAGAGCUUUUUUUCAGCUCUAUGCAGAAAACAACAGGAGAGGCGGUGACUCCAGAGCCCGCAUGACUCGGAGGGCUUUGAGAGCCUUCCUAACAGAUCUACAGCAGAUUCCUGCUGUUGUGGGAGAGAGCUGUGCUUUGUGCCCUGUGGAGCGUGCUGUCCACAGCUGCUUCCGAGGGGUGUUGAGCUCUGGAAUCAAGGAGGAGAAAUUCUUGUCUUGGCUACAGUCAGAGCCUCUUAUUCUUCUGUGGCUCCCAACCUGCUACCGACUGUCAGCCUCAGAAAUGCUCACUCACCCGGUGCGGUGCAGCACAUGCAGAACCUUCCCAAUCGUAGGACUGAGAUACCGCUGUCUGAAGUGUCUCAACUUUGACAUCUGCCAGCCGUGUUUCUUAUCUGGUCUCCACAACAAACCCCACCAGAAGCCCCACACUGUGGUAGAGCAGUGUGUCCAGAUGUCAGCAAAGGAGAGCACAAAGCUCCUCCUUAAGAGCCUCAGAAACAGCCUGCCCCAGAGACCCGACAGGACAAGAGCCUUGGGAAGACAGUGGCUGCUGAACCAGCUGUCUCCACGGGAUGCGGCUAGGCUUUGUCUUGAGUAUAAAAGCCCUAAAGCCCCAGCGUCCGUGAGGCCAUCAGGAGCAGUGAAAGCGACAGCCACAGAACGCCCCCGAUACCUGUGUCAAAGACUGCCAACUGCUCCACAAGCGAAUGACAACCCACAUCAUCAGACUAUAGUCAGCUUUAAGAAAGAACUCUGGAGGACUCAUGACUCCAUCAAUGCUCUGCACAGGGAAAGAAGGCUCCUCAGAAAACAGUUAAAUAGAUACAAACUCAAAUUGCAAGGUGCAUGCACCUUACAAAAAGAACAGAAUCGAAGAUUUGAAACUAAGAUUUGGGAGCUUGCCACCAACCAGGAUAACCUGUGGACCAAACUACAGCAGAUAAGACAAGACCUACAGGCUAUGUUGCGACCACUCCGUCCUUCAUCUUCAUCUCAAAACACAGCAUCCAAGAUGGAUCAUUCUUUACCCAGGGAUGGGCAAUGGGUAGGAGGAGACUAUCCCCACAUUGAGAGUACCAGUAGGUGUGGUCUGGAACAGGAACUUCUCCCUAAUUCUGCCAAGGCUGACAGAAACCGCAAAUGUCAAGCAAGUUCAGGGAGAGCUCUGCCAGACACUGAAUCCCCAGAGAUCAUUUUGCAGAGCACCAGGACACAAGGCCUCCCACAAAGGAUGCUAAGGGAAGUCUAUAAUGCCCCCUCUGAUUGCCAAGAGGGACUGCAGGACAAUUCUCAGAUUCCUCCCUCUGAAGUGAGCAGUCCUGCUCUGGAACCUUCAGAGGGGAAAGAGACAGCCCACACCAGUGAAAGAAUGAAUGACCAGGAAGAAGAGGAACUACAAACACUGUUGCCCAGACUCCUGGAUGCCUUUGACCCAGACACGCCACCAGGUCUGCAUCCUGCAUUGGACAUGGAACUGUAUGGCAGAGCUGAGCAGGUGUGCAGGGCGUUCUCUGCCCUUGUGGAUCAAAUGACCUUACCCAGCUUGGAGUGA